AAGGUGCCCUGCGCUAUAUAUAUCAAGAACCUCGCCCUCCCCUACGCUAUCUUCUACAACCUUCCAACAACCCAAGACUUCAACAACUCAUGCCUCGCUUUUCAAGAAUCCUCUCCGCGGAUGCGGAUGCGGCAGCGCCCCCAGCGGCUGUUAACGUUCAGUCUGACCUUAUGGUUAUAUUAGCAGCUCUUCUGUGUGCGUUACUAUGUGUGGUGGGGCUUAUUUUGGUGGCUCGUUGUGCCUGCAUCCGCCGUGUUACCGGUGGGUCACCGUCUUCGGACAAAGAUAACAAGGGUGUGAAGAAGAAGAACCUCCAGCGGCUGCCCAGGUUCAGUUACUCUGCUGGAGAUGGUAGCGGAGAGGGUGGUGGCGCCACCACCAAGUUUGGAUCAACAGAGUGCGCAAUUUGCUUGGGUGAGUUUGUUGAAGGAGAUGAAGUUAGGGUUUUGCCUCAGUGUGGACAUAGCUUCCAUGUUGUCUGCAUUGACACAUGGCUUGGGUCUCAUUCCUCUUGUCCCUCUUGCCGCCAGAUUUUGGUGGUGGCUAGGUGUCAGAAAUGUAGUCAUUUUCCUGCUUCCACCUCCUCCGCCUCUUGUGGUGGUGGAGCUGCCACUGAGGUUGAGUUGAGCACUGGAGAAGAUUGCAAUGUCAAAAAUAGUGAUACCAAUCAUGCCCAAGAAACGUAGUCGCUUUCUUGCAUUGACAAAUAGAGAAACAGAAUUUUGCCCGCCUUGGUCGUACUGUAAAGCUGAUUGGCAGGAGUAAAAUGUUCUUGACUGUCUAGUCUAAUGCAUGCUUAACUAAAUUACAGAUCAUGAGUUAUGUAUAUCAGCAAGCUUUUAGAUACCAGAUGAUAUUUUUAAUGCUAAUUUAUAUCUCUCCAUUUUAAUGA